GCUGCACGGCGGAGCGCAGGGGAGUCCGCCGCGAACUCGACUCCUGGCGGCACCGGCUCAUGCACUGUGUGGGUUACUACCCAUCAGGAUGACAGGUCAGGGCACCAUGCAACUUAAGAGACUACCGUUUCCCUUCUGAUCCCCUCACCUUUUCUGACUUCACUGUCCUCAGGUUUUGAAAGUAUUUUAGAAGGGCUUUAUGGACCAAGGCUACGAAGAGACCUCAGUUUAUUUGAAGACUGUGAACCAGAAGAAGUGACUGACUGGUCUAUGGACGAAAAAUGUUCCUUUUGUAAUUUACAUAAAGAAACAGCCAGUGAUCAUACAUCAGUUAUUGGUUCUUUGCAGUCAACGCCUACAGAGGAACUAUCAUCUCAGGGCCAGUCCAACACUGAUAAAAUUGAGUGCCAAGCAGAGAAUUACCUAAAUGCACUCUUUCGCAAGAAAGAUCUUCCUCAGAACUGUGAUCCUAACAUUCCCCUAGUUGCUCAGGAAUUAAUGAAAAAGAUGAUCCGUCAAUUUGCAAUUGAAUACAUUUCAAAAAGUAGUAAAAUGCAAGAAAAUAGAAACGGUUCAUCAUUUGAAACAAGUCUGAUACGUAAAGAUAUCCAAACGAACCAAACAGAAAAUUCAAUUCAGGAAGAACAGGAUAGCCCUCUAGACCUCACUGUGAAUCGAACACAAGAGCAGGAUACUCAGCAAGGGGAUGGAGUGCUAGAUCUCUCUACAAAGAAGACAAGCUUGGAACAGUCAGCAUAUGAUGGAUCGUGUUCUGAAAAUUCAGUGUCUGGUUCAAGUACAGCAGCUGAUGCAAAAUCAGAGGGAGCAUCUAUAUUCGAAAGAGGAAACUCUGCUCUAAGCAAGGUUUUGGCAUCGUUAUGCUUGUACCAUUGCCAUCAGAUUUUAGCUAUGUUGAAAUUUUUAAUCCAAGAUCCAUGUAUCCGUUCAGUUUGCAAUUGCCAACUGCUGCAUACUAUGUAUUCUGGAACAUCUGAAGAUGAUGUGCACAUUCCAGUCUGCAGUUGUGAUGUCCACAUGCUAAUGAAAAGGUGCUGUUUAAAAAAUCAAAGACCAAAUACUUGUUUACCACCUCUGUCAGUCUGUGGGAAAGAUAUGGAUUGUUUGUCAUGCCAGUCUGUGGCUGUUGGAUAUUUCAAUACGGUGGUAAACAAAGGGAAUCCUGUGCCUUCUAGUCCUCAUCGAUGCUGCCUCAAACCAUUACAACAGUGUAAGACCGACUCCGCAAGAGCAGCUCUUAGUACACAUCUCUUUCCAACUGGUCAAAAGAUUAACAAAGCUAGAAGAGGACGUAGCCCUUCACCACCUCCAUUAUCACCUGUGGAAGCUGAUGAAUAUGAUUCUUUGAAGGAAUCGGUUGAAGGUUCUCUAGCUUUAGAUAACAGACUUGAAAUGAUUAGUAACCAGCCUCCAUACCUCUUGCCAGCUGAAAGGGCUUUUUCUGUGUGUGAACAGAAAGAUAAAGUAUGUGUCACAGAAGUGUCUGAUAAAUUGGAUGAAACCUUUCAAAGUGCAAAUCAAGAAAAUAGCCUUAUAAAUUCUGAUAAACUUGAAAAAGUUGAAAAUGCUACCGCAUUUCAAGAUUUAAUGGAUCGAAUCAAUGAGAAAUUAAAAUCAAUAGAAACUACUGAAACAGCAAAUCUUGCAAAAUUUUCUAAAACUGAUGGGAGAUCAGACGAUAUUAAAUUGCGGAGCUUCAUAACAUCUCUCUUACAUGAUGCUAAGGUAAACGACUACAAUUUUAUGGAGUUAUUGAAUCAACAUGAGAAAGAAGUGGAAAAUAAAAUUGUCCAAACAAGAUUUCGCAAGCGGCAAGAAACCUUAUUUGCAAUGCAUAAUUCCCCUGAUUCAUCUCUGUUUAGACGUCAGUCUUUGCAAAUCAAGAGGGAACUAGCUAGUCUUGAUGAAACCUUCAUAAGGAAAAAGGCAAGUUCAGAGAGAAUUGCAAAGAAGCCUACAAAGAAUGACAAACUAUCACCAAACAAAAUUGACAAUCAUAAUAGUACAUUAGAAGACCUUGCUUUACAAAAUCAUGAAAAUAAAGAAAGGCUAUUUUCUCCCACUAAAUCAAAUUCUUUGCCAAUAUAUCAGGAAGAGUCACUGGAACUACCUCUGAAUAAUUCAGAAACUAAUUCUGGUUUUGUGGCAAUUUCAGAAAAUAACUCAACAUCCCAAACCAACUCGGCUAAAAUACAAGGAAACUGUGGAGUUGAAUUAUAUAUGGAUCCAGACAGGACCAAACAUAACAUUAUCCCUCCUAUGUGGUGCUCAGUGUAUGUAACAAACAAUUUUUUAUUUCAAAAAUCUUCAAAGACAAAAAAACUUCCUAACUAUAUGGAAAGAGAUAAAAUACGUAAAGGUUUUCAGGCCAAAACAUGUAGCAAUGAAGAUAUAAAUAAGAUUGUACGAAACACAAAUCUACAUGUUGUUGUAGAACGUUUGGAAGAUACAAUAAACAUGGCCCAAAAGACUAAAAAACCAUUGUUUAACGGUUAUAAAAUAUCCAGCAAAUUGAAAGACAUUCACAACUGUGAUGUUAACAAUAAUUCUAAAAGUGGUCUUCUUAUUAGUAUGAAUGAAACUGGAAGUAAGGGACAAUAUGUGUUAUCAAAAGGUCAUGUGCCAUGUAGCAAUAGUAGCAAAAAGGAAUGUGUUUCAAAAAAAGAAAAAGUAUCUGAUGAAGGAUAUAAAAGCCUUUUGAAAUCAUCAACCUUUGAUUCAGAUAUAUUGAUUUCUAAUCACGAAGAGUUACAAACAAGUUCUGAUGCUGGGGAUAAUUCACCAAUGCUAAAUUACACUAGUCCAAUAAAACUUAUGUUCCUUUCAGAGAUUAACAGUAGUGAAGGAGUCAAAUACACGCUAACCUCUGUAAACGAUUCUUCUAAAUUAAACAUUGAUCUUUAUUCUGUUGAGGGGAAAACAAGUCUGCUGUCAGAAAAACAGUUGGACGCAAGGAAUCCUGCUAAAAAUGUUUCUAUUGAUGAAUGUGUCUAUGGUGAAAAUAGUCAAAAACCGGAAGUGAAUUCUGUUUUUCCUACAAUAAUUGCUAAUGAUAUGAACACUGAUGAACAUAAGCCAAAAGAACCUGUAGAACAAAACAGCAAUGGAUCCUCCCUGAAAAGAAAACCUGGCCGGCCCAAAAAAAUAGGUCCUCAAGUUGUGAAACAGGUUAAGCGACCGAUUGGGCGACCUCCAAAGCCUAAAGUGGAUGUUGCUGAAAAUGCCAGUGGCCCGAGUGAUUCCAUUGGUGCUAGGAAAAGUGCCAGCUGUAAUGCAGACGUUCUAGAGGAGGAGAACGUUAACAAAAAUAUUACUGUGACAAUUGUCUUUGGAAGGUCACGAAGGACUAAGCGGUGUGUUUCUGAAGGUAGCCUGAAUGUAGUCAAUGUGGUGCCAGGUCCUCACAGUGAUUGUGAUGCUGUAUGUGAGUCUGCUCAAGUGAGACAGAACUCUGAAAUCAAGAAUGAUUUGACCCCCCCAGAAAGUGUGCUCAAUUCUGCAACAGAAAAGACCUCUGCAUGUGGUUAUGAGUAUGUUAGACCUCUAGAGAGUAGCCCAGUACUACCAUCCCAUUGCAGCAAUAUCGUGAGACCAAACCAAAAGCCUUUAAAUAUAGUUAGAAAACCUGGGAGACCCGCAAAAGUAAAAAUAUCUGGCAUAUCAGUGACUGUUAAUCAGAUUUCAUCUCAGGAAAGAAAAGUGAGUAUUAACAGCUGUCUGCCUCCUUUAGAACAAGAGACUGUGUUAGAAAAAUAUAUAUCAUCUGAGAAUGAUAAGCAGUGCAAUACGUUGGAUGUUUCAAAAAGCUUUUGGAAAGAUACAAGCGAGGAAUUUUCACACAAGAUUACAAUAGCCUCAAAAAAGCCUGAAAUCCCUUUGAGGCAAUCUCUUAGAGAUAGAAGACCAUCACUGCCUUUCUUACAUUCGUUAGCAUCUUCUAGCACAUUAUCUUGUAGACGUGCCUUUUUACACAAAUCAUAUAAACUCUGUUUGAAAAAUGCUAAAGAUCAAAAAAUUAAGCAUCACUCAGACAUGACACCCAAACAUAUCUCAGUAAAAAAAAAUCCAGAAAAUGCAAAAACAGGUUCUGAGAAUAAUACAUUCCAGCCCAUUAAUGAAAUGUCUUCAGAUCCCAUCAUUUCAUCUAAUUCUUCCCUUAGGUGGUGGGAUUCUUCCAUUCCUAAUGAUUCCUUGUUAAAAGAACUAAACAGUAGGUAUGACCAGAUAACAAAUACUUGGUUGCAUGUGAAUGGAGAAGAAUUUGAAAAAUGUCUGUAUGACAAAGGGUGUCAUAUUGAGCAAGACUGUAGCAUGAAAGUACCAAACCCUUUGGACUCCUGCAUUUUACAGCUUGAACAUUCACCUAUAAAAAUGCUUUUCCAGAAAAAAUGCAAUAUAGAUGAACUCUGUACAUGGUUUAUGCAAACAACAGAAACACAAUCACUGUCAUUAGUGAGAAAAGCAAAUGCUCGAAAUCCUUUUGAAGUAAUUAGUACAAGGCAAUUUAAAAUGGGAACAAGACAAUAUGAUUGUAAUACUAGUCCUUUGAGAAAGCACUUUAAAAAAUUUGCACUAUCCACACCUUCAAAAUCAGCAGGGAAGUUACAAAUUCUACAUAACAUAGUCAGGUCUCAUGUCUUAAACAGGAAACGUAACUUCACAUUAGCUAAAUUACAAAGAACCAAAUUUCAGAAUUUACAACAUGAUCGGUGGAGACAAGUGAAAAAAAUGUAUAAUCAUGGAACAAGUGACUGGAAAUCAAAAAGAAAUUUGCGACUCUUCUGUCAAAGCCAAUGUUUUGCUAAUGCAAAAAGAGAAAUUGACAGCAAAAUGGGCACGAGCCAUGGGAAUAGUGCAGUAGAAAUUAAAUCGCCCACAGUUUUGAUCGAAUCCCAUAGAAUCACUUCAUCAGCUGGGAAUGAAUUCAGAGAUGCAUUUUUUCAACAGAAAACACAAUUUUCUGACCUCAGCACAAAGCCUGGCUUAAUAAAUAAUUGUAGACCAAGCACACAGUCGGCAUUUUGCAACCAGCAAAAUACUGGGAAUGCGCAGUCCCCUGGUGAACUUGGUGAAGGUGCAUGGAGAGGCAAAACCUUUAAGGAUUGUAGAAUAUUUUUGAAGAAAAUCAGUCCUGUUGAAGAGCAACAUCCAUUUAACAAAAACCCUGCUGUUUGCACUCCAGAAUCUGUUGAUCGUAGCACCAGUCAGAGCUACUUUCAGGAAAAAAGGCAUUGUACUUUGAGGUCCCAUUCUGCCAAGCAAAGCAUGCCUGCCCGCUGUGAAAACGACGCAGCGCCAUCUGAAGGAGCUAAGCAUCCCGGUUCGGUUAAAGGGCUGCAUGCUGAACAAGAUGGCAAGAAAUCAAGCAAGCGCGUCACUUUCGAUGAUGGCCCUACUGAGGCUCCUAAAAGAAAUAAUAAUAAGAGGAGGAGGAUGCAAUGCAAGCUCACUGACCUGAAUAUAAGAAAAAGGAAUGAGAGGCGAUUAUGCAGCGCUGGCCAAGUAUCAAGUUGUUAUUCAAAGUACCAGCUAGGGCCUCUUAAACCUGUUGGACUGCCUUUGAUGGGUGGAUUUGCAAGCAGAGCUGUUGAAUAUUCCAUGAUCCCAUUUCACUUGCCUCUUCAUGGAAGCUCCUAAGUCUAAAAGUAAAACCCAUGAAUGGUCAAGAUGAGUCCAUGUCACAUAGUCCCUAAUAAGCAUGCAAUACUGUGAAUGAUUGUAAAUAUAUAUAUAUAUGAGCAAGUCAUUGCUGUAAUAACUAAACAAACUUCUUCAAAGAGCUAGACACUAAAUUCCUUCUGGAGGUUGUAUUUAAUUGAGGUGUAGUUGAGGUUGCUAGAAAGAAGCAUGUUUCACCUGGACUAAAAACUCUUUCAGGCACAGUCUGCUGGGAAACUGCCCUGGAAGUUUGCAUCCAUUCUUAUUACAAGAAAGCAUCUUACGACGGACUUCUGAACGUGCAUGCCAAAGUCUCUUAAGAAUGGUUAGCCAUUCAGUUGUGAUGCCCAGAAGUUGCAUGCUUGACAAAAUGGCUUCCAGAGUUUUUUUUUCCAAAUGUAUAGUAAAAUAGAAUUGUUGUCCGAACUGUUUUUGUGACAUUUUGCAUGCAUCUUAAAAUAUGAGUCUUAAGAUGCAUGUUUGGUUUUUUCCUCAAAAAAACCCAAUGGAAACAACCCUGCAGAAGAUCUGAUAUAGCAGCUUCAGAAACCUCUCUCUGGUGUGGUUGAGAUUGUUAUAAUGAGCCCAAUCUGUGUUUAUGUGUAUUUUGUGUUACGAUUAGCUUUUUGUCUGCAGAGCUUCCAUAAAAUUACCCCUUUGAUGGGCAAUUGGUUUGCAAGUUGUUUGAUUAUAAGGGAUCUUUACUGGAUACCCUGGACUUCUGCACUGUUACCUCACCUGAGACAGGAUUCAGGAAUGUAACUGUGGAAGUUAUGGGCUUAAUUAGAUUCCAUAUGGAGACACUGGCAUUCCUAGAUGAGAGAGAAAAUGAAUAUAAGUCACUGGGGUUGGCAUGGUUUGAGCCUUAUUUCGCAGUGUUGGAAGGGCUUUUCCCAAUCUAGGCAAGUGAGCAUUAUAGGUGCACAUCUGUAUUGACAGGGCUGUGCCAAGACAUUUUGCUGCCUGAAGCAAAGGAAAAGUUGGAGCCUCCCUCCCAUUACAUGUAGUAAAGCUGACUGGAUUGGCAGUUGAAUCUUACUUCAGCACUGGCAGCAGAACAGCAUCCUUCACCGUACCCAAGGAUAGCAGAGCUUAAGGCAACACAGGGCAGGCUGCAUGGCUCACACACCUCUGUCCUCCCAACACCGAACUGCCUGAAGCAGCUGCCUCACUCUGCUUAAUGUAAAGCCAGUCCCAUUUUGAUUAUUUUAGCCAAAGCCUGUGCCUACACCCAGCUCUCUCUUGUCAGUCCAGGGUACUAGUCCGCAAAGUAUGGGAUGUAAUUGAGUGCAGAGCGAACUGGGGGUUUCUUGAAACUAUUGUUCUAUAUCUACUGGGGCUGAUGUUACCCCCUGAAUAUGAGCUAUAAAUAGCUUGAAUACAUCGCUUGCAACACAGAGUUUCAAGAUGAUAGUUCCAGUAAUAACUCUACCUCUGCACCCACUUACCAAUUACAUAUCGUACUUCAUCUUAGUUAAGUGGGAUUCUUUUUGGUGGACUGUGGAAGUCUCCAAGAUCUCAAGUUUGCAAAAAGUUGUUUAGGCUGAAGGGAAAGAGGAUGUACUUCCAAGGAGGCUGAAAUAUUUUCCUCUCUUGCCCUCCCCAGAGCCAAGCCUGCCAGGCUUUCAUUCAAUAGCAAAGACAAUCAUGUAUGGCUUGGUCCAUGUUGUAGUCUGCAACUCUGCUCUUUCUUCUCAGCCUGAGGUAUCUGCACAGAAGCAUCAAGAAAUAGUCUAGCAAGGAGAGGUUUAUGCACAUGUAUAUUAUGUGGAUGGUGUUUCUUUAGUACUUGAGCUAUAGUUUUGCUUUGCUUGAUAAACUGAUUUUUAUUUUAGUUCAUGGCCAACCCUACAGUGUGUAAUCAUAGUAAGCAUUUCUUAAGAAUUCUAUCUCUGUAUGUUCAUCUACUCAUUUUUUUUCAAAUUAUAUUUUAAAUGUAUAAAAAUGCCAGAAUGUUUAAACAUUUUGUAAUGAUUCAAUAUAAGUAGAAGAGACGGAUUGUUACAGAGUUACAGUUGGCAAAGGUAACUGUAGGGUAAACCCAUUGCAGGCUGGUUUCUACAGUAUCUGUUCCAGCAGAAUUAUGUAAAACCUUGCAGUGUAAGGUAUAAUUUAUGCUCCCUAUAAUGAAAAAAGGCACUUAUAGACCUUCUAGAAUUAUAAAUUCCCUUGUAUGAUUGCCCUGAAGUUUCUACACAAGUACCCUGAAUUAUAAAUCCACAAAACUGUUAAUCUCACUGAUUUUACCCUGUCUUUUUUUGACCCAAUGAUUGGCAAGAGGGGCGGAGUUGCCUGUUCAUUUUCCGGUAGAGAAGUCGAUGAGGGAUUCCAUGAACACAGUAUGCACAGAUCCCUGAAUUUUCAUCCUGCUGUGCAUGACAGAUGUGGCGAAUUUUUAAUAUCUCCAUAGCAGUCUCUAUUAACAGAGGGAGGAAACAGCCCAUGGUAACAUGCGUGUAGUGUGCUGUCAGAACUACGAUCUUUUUAGUAAAAUCAAGCAGUGCCCAACAGCUAGGAGUUCGUAUUUACAGACUUGCAAGAGCACCCUUGUGCAUUACCAAAGAGAGUCUAGAAAAAAUGCAGAAUGAAUCUAAGUAUUCAGUCAUGUGUUUGUUCCAUUUUGUUUUGAAUUGGUUCACACAUGACAUUACCUUGUCCAUUUCUUCAGUCUGGCUAGCCCUCUUGCAUAGAUACAACUGCAGUCUCCUAAAAAUGUGGCUUUCCAACGAAUACUGAAACUUAAUUUGCAUUCGCUUAAUUGCUAUUGUCUUUUUAAAACUUACCUCCCAGUUUCCCCCUCAAUCCAGCAUUACUUUGGCAAAGAUUCAACUGGGAAUAGUUACCAAUGUAACAUGUGGUUCUGCCCUAAGGUGGUGAAAGAAUAAAUUGUUCAUAGACUGUUGUAGUACUGACCUCAUUUAUUUAUUUAGAACAAUUCUCUCCUGUUCCUGCACCAACUUGAAGCAGCCCACAAUAUAAUAAAAUCAUAUUGCUCAAAUACAAAGACUGGUAUGGCUUCAGCUAUUGGGCAGUAUAGAAAUGUAAUAAAUAUGUGUGGGAAUUGGUAAUUAUGCCCGGACUGGCACUUAACUGGAUUGAUGUGCAUUUUUGUAAUCAAGUAGAUUGCUCCAGCACAGUCCAUACGUUUGCACUAUGUUUUAAAAUAUGCACGUGUUUGUGUAGCAGCUACUGUAUAGGACUUGUAUCAGAAUUAAAAUCUCACUUCUGCCACUGACAUGGAGUAGCUUUGAAUAGUCACUAGUUCCACCCCCAAUCCAGCUAUAGUUACAUGCAAUCAGUGGUGCAUAUAAGGUAGCAGCCAUACCUAGGGCUGCACAUCUCUACUGUAGUGGUUGCUCCCAAGUGCAGCCCUUUAUUUCACCCUAUAAAAAAAAGAACAGCAACAGCUCAGGCAUAGAGGACAAUAUAAGCAUACACUUAACCUCUAUCCCAAUGAUAUACUUAAAUCUGCUACUAGUUAGUGUCUGGCAUAAGCAGAGGCAAUUUAUUUUGUCAAUAGAACUCAAGUGGGAUUUGCUGAUACAUACGUGCAUAGUCCUCCCCUGGGUUCUGUUACUUGGUCAAUUCUAGGGUGUUGGGAAUUCUUUUCUUUUUUAAAAAAUGUGUAUAACUACAAGUAACUGUCCCUGACUAAAGUCUCUCUUCAGAAUGAGCAAGAGGAACAUGUGCAAGCAGAGGUUAUGUAGAGAUACAUUAUGAAGUAAAAAUUGAGCAUGCCAGGUGAAACACCCAAGCCCUUUCCCUACAUUCACAUGCUUGAAUUCCAGCUGAGCUUCGGAUAAAAGCUAACGGCACCAUACGGCUGGUGCACAGCACUGCUGAUCCUGGUGUGUGCAUGGCUGGCCCUGCCAGUGGCAGCACAAUGUACCUCUAGCACUGGCAGAGGCAAUGUAGCACUCCCGAGGACAACCUCUCCAAUGACCAGCAACACCAGAUUCUGGAAGGCGCAACCUGACCCUUUCAAAAACUUUCCAGUUGUUUGGGAGCUUGGCCCCAGAAGCGCUACAUCACUAGCAGUAGGGGUCAUGCACAGCUGCAGUAGGGCAGUGUUGGAUUCUACUGUUUCUACGACCCUUCCAAUGUUCCUGUUUAAGUAGUACAGUAAUAUAACAGUCCUUUGCACAGAACCUUUGCAUCAUUGUACAGAACCAUAUUGUUUAGAUUAGUUGCAGAGAUUUGUUACCUUCUUUAAGGUACUGCCAUCAUGAACAACAUGGUAUAAUUAAAGGCAAGCUGCAGUCACUAGAAUAGUAAAAUUGAGACUCUGACAAAUCGGGAUCUAUGGUUAAAAGCCUAAAAACAAAAUUUCCCAUGUCACGUAUUUACUCUUUAUCCAGUUAACAGCUAAACAAAUGAGCGAAAUCCCAAAGUUCAUAAAAUUGCUCUGGAACGUCAGGGAUGCUUGUGGGCUGUAGUGUGGGGGCAGAGACAGCAAAGUCCCCUUCUGUAAGCUCCCUUCCACUUGUAGUUCUCCAGAUCCAACAAAAUCUACCCUAGAGUUGUUCUAGUCUCCCUAAUUACUUUCUGCCUAUACAAGGCCCAAAUUCAAACUUUUUCCAUUUUGGGAAGAGUUGAACUUAUGCGAAAACCACUAUAACUUCUUAAGUUUACCAGUUAUAAAAGAAGGCCAAUGCUAAUGACUGUUGAUUCUUAUUUCUGACGGACAUCUAGGUUUUCACAGUAGUGGUCAAGUGGGAUCUGUGUAUGCUGAUGUUGCCUCGUUAGGACUGUGAUCCAACAACGGCAGCACUUGGAUGAGCCAAUGGAAAUUCAUAUUUUUAUUAAUGCAAUAAGUUAAUCUACUUUGGAUGAUGAUGAUUGUAAUUCAACUCCUGCCCUCCCCACAACCAGAUUCUACAAAUGAAAGUCUCUGAGAACUGGAACAUAUUUGACACAAAAGAUAAGCAACCAACCAUUGAAAAUAAUGAUGUGCCUUAAAUCUACCCAUGGAGUAGAAGCUAAGUUUCAUAACAGCAUAUCUGGUCAGCUGUAUAGUUUUUAACCAAAAGCUCAAAAAUGAAGAGAACAAGUAGUUUGCAGCUCUUCUUGCACUAUUGUUUUGGACAUUGUGUGCAAUUUUUUCUGCUGAAUAAGCAUUUUGAUCAUGAAAUGACAUUCUGGGGCUGUAGCUUCAUUGUAAACCACGAAUAUUAUUCAUUAGCUGUACCUCUUUGCGUGUACAUACAAGUCUUCAGUAUAGGUCAUAUAAGAAUGAGAUACUGUCUUUUUAACAGUAUGUUGUAAUUUUUCUAUCCUUUUGCCGCUAAUUAUAUAUUCUCUCUGGUUUUAUUUUGUGCACAGAUGUUAAUAUAUUUAUGUAAUGUGAUGUGUAAAAGUUAUUCAUAAAUUUUAAUAGAUAGUUUACCUUGGUGCAACGCUGUAUAAAAAUGCAAAUGGUUUUUAAAAUCUUAGAUAAUUAAGAAAACAUACAGUAUGCUUUUUAAAUCAUAAUUUUCAUUUAUUCUAUGAAAAGUCUUUCUUU